ACCAUACUCGAUGGACUGGAGUGGAUGGGCUGUGACGUGGAGAGCAAUCAGGGCUGCAGGAGCGAGAGUCGGAGCCGAGCUCAGUCCACAUUGAACGGGGGGACUGUCAGCGCCGGGCGCUUACAACCGAGCUUUAACAAGCGCCCUUAGUCAACUGUGCAUACCGAGAAUAGAAGACGAAAGACCGGGGAGCGACGCUGAGCGGACCGGUGUGGGCACAUGGAAACGCUAUGUGGGUGGAUAUACGGCGGCGGACUUUAUCGUAGAUUCACCGGAGAGGAGGCGAAGUGAGCUGCGAGACAAACAUGCUCACCCCGAUACUGGCCUCCCUGCUGCUGCCUCUUCUCCUUCUCUGUCGGAUUUCUUUCUGCCAGUACUCCAGCGACCAGUGCAGCUGGAAGGGCAGCGGUCUGUCUCAUGAAGGCCACACCAGGGACGUGGAGCAGGUGUACUUGCGUUGCUCCCAGGGCUCCCUGGAGUGGCUCUAUCCCACGGGGGCCAUCAUCGUCAACCUCCGACCCAACACGGUCUCCCAGGCCGCCACCCGCCUCUCCGUCUGCAUCAAACCCUCCGCAGACUCCAGAGGCACCAACAUCUACCUGGACCGUAACGGCAAGCUGCGGAUGCUGCUGCGCGAACAGGACCAAACUCAGGGCAAGGUGCAGUGCUUCAAUAUCCUGGAGGGGUCGCUCUUCAUCGAGGCUGUCCCGCACAUGGACAUCAGCCGCCGGAUCACGGUGUUCCAGUACGAGCUGGUCAGCGACAGGCUGGCACACUCGCAGAGUGCACCCUGUCAGCCGUGCAGCGACGCUGAGAUGCUGCUAGCAGUCUGCACCAACGACUUUGUGGCACGGGGCAGUAUUAAGAAGGUUGAGCAGGAGGAGGAGCACUCGUCUGUCACUGUGGAGAUCAGCCGCCUCUACAGACAGAAGAGCCAGGUCUUUGUAUCUGGGGGCGUGAGGGUACGGAGCUGGAAAGGCCACAUCAAGAUGCCCCUUCAGUGUGGGGUGAAGUCUGGUGAGGGCGAGUUCCUCUUCACGGGGAUGGUGAGGUUCGGGGAGGCCUGGAUGGGUUGCGCCCCGCGCUACAAAGACUUCCUGCGGUUGUAUCAUGAGGCGGAGCAGCAGGGGACCAACCCCUGUCAUGUGGACACGGAUUGAGUGUGUUACCUGUCCACGCUUGGUGGAAAAAAAAAAAAGACAAGUCCUCACUGGGUGGGGAGCAGAGCUUGAACCAAGAGUUCAUGCUAAGGAGAGAAAGAGACUGACAGACUGGCCCAGCGGCAGCGCCUCCCUCCUCUCCUGCUGUCUCGUGACUCUUCGGAGACAAAGAAUGGAGCUCCUGAAUGUUGCCAAGCAGCAUGCUGGAUGGACUCGGUCAAAAGUGAUGCACAGUGGAAUGUGUUCGGACUGCUUUUUUUUUCUUGCAGACGAGUAACUCCCAGGUUUUAAAUGUAGCAAAACCCAUUUUGUUUUGUUUUUAUGUGUAUAAAAUGUGAACGAACGUUGUAUAUUUUGAAGCUCUGCGUGCUUUGUAAAAAGCUUGAUGUACAGUUCUGAAGUUAUUUCUUAUGACAGAAAUGUAUAAAGUGAAAGCCUGUUAUUUUU